GUUAAAUUAUGUGUUUUGUUUAGUUUAGUUUUUUUUUUUUUAAAGUGUGAUAUACCGUAUUAACGCUAGAUGGCGGGCAUGAAAUGCAACAGGUUCGAAUCUGCCUGCUGUGGGAUUGGUUAAUAGCUAAUACUCGCCACGUUUUCACUGUCAAAUCAAUGUGAAGGAGGCGGGACGUGUUGGAAAACAGGUGGGUGGAGGGAAAAACACGCGGCAUCGUGGGUGACGUCACGGUCGCGUUCCUGUGUGGUCACCUGACCAAGCACGGUCACGUGAUCCUCGCUCCAUUCUCGCCAUUUUGAGCGCAGCGUGAGAAAAAAGUGGGAUACUUUUUUUUUUUUUUUACUGCCUGAGAGUAAAAUCUGCGAAUCACAAGAGCCGGGGGGCAAAGAUCACUCAGAGUUGCCGCAUCAGUAUGGAGGACAGCCGUAGUGUUGCCAUCCUAGUCCCUUGCUCCAGGGAUCAUCAGGAUGUCUUCAGCCCUGAUUCACACAUUCAUGAUGUUGAAGAAGAGCAGGAACAGCACAAACAGGCUGCAGAUUCUCUCAUCCAAGUGAUUGAGAAGCUCAGUAAGAUAGUGGAGAAACGGCCUAGACAAUGCACUCUCUCUGGGAAAAAGCGUCCUUCCAUGACUUGUGCCUCAGUUAUUGUGGCGGAUAGCAGAGAGGGCAGUGGAGGGGUUUCACCAUCCAAAAGAACCAGGGAGUAUGGAAAGGAGUGCCUGGAUCUCAGUUGUGUGUCAGUGCCCAUUACAGAGCAGGACCCGAUUAGCAGAAGUGCACGCAUGCUUACCUACUACCAGUGCAGUCUAUGCCGCUUCCUUUCUCCCACACUGAGUGCUUUGAAAGAGCACAUGAAGCAGCAUGAUGAGCAGCACAAUGACCUCAUUCUCAUGUGCUCGGAGUGUUGUUUUACCUCCAACCAUCAGGAGGAGCUAGAAGCGCAUAUCAGGCUCCACUUUGAGGAUGGCGACUGCACCAAGAGAUCCCCUGCAGAGCAGCAGACAGUAAAAGCAAAUCUGCAGGGUAGAAUGGGGUUCUCCACCAUGAAAUCUGAGACUGAAUCGGAGAAAAUGCCAGGAGCCCCUAAGAAGUGGUACAGCUAUGAGCGAGGUCGGUAUCACUGCCUGAUAUGCAGUUAUGAAUGUGGGCAGCAGCGCAAUUUGAAAACGCAUGCCUGGAAGCAUGCUGGUUUGGUGGACUGCUCAUAUCCCAUAUUCGAAGAUGAUGCUGACCAGCAUGAGGCUCACCCUUUGUAUACCCUGAGCAGCAACCCAUCCUCAGAGCAUUGUAAAAGGCAGGAGGCUAUUGUGGUUCUCGCACCUGUUGGAGAACAAGCUCAGGUUCUGCACAGUGCCCCAUCAAUUCAGUUGGAACUGCGUGCAUCAGCAAGUGUGAAAUGCGAGGGUGAUGUGCCUCAAAACCCUAUGCAGAAUGUUUUCACUGUCGAAGGAGCUCUGUCAGAGGAGCCCCCAGGAGAGGUUCAAGUGACUCCUGAGGCACAGAUGGAGCUGGAGUUGGAGACAGAAAAUCAGCAGAUUAACACUGACAGCUUGUUGUCUUCAGUACAAAAGAUCAUCAGCUCCAGUGGCAACACUGCCGGCCAUGUCAACGUCAUUGUGGAGAGGCUGCCCUGUACGGAAGAACCUGUAACCAGCAAGCCUCUGCUCCUCAGCCCAGAGGUGUCUGGAUACAAGACCCUAGCUUGCCAGGAAGUGGGAUCUAAGAGUCAAUCUCACCCCAUGUACUGUGAGGAGCAAGUUCUCAUUGACUGGAAUGAUAGUGAUGAGCAUCAGGAAAUGGAGAGUCAAGAGUCUGAUCCACCUCCGGAUGAGAGUCUACCACCAGCUCGAAGGAGGACACACUCUGAGUGUUUGCGGUUGCAUUCUUUGGCAGCUGAAGCCCUUGUGGCUAUGCCAUUGAGAACGCCGGAGUUGAGCAAGUCCACUGUUAAGGGUACUUCGAGUGUGAUCUCUGACACUGGCCAGAAAAUACUUGAUUUGUCUGCUGCUUCUCCUUUAUCUAACACAAAGGCACCUUCAGCAGAGCUCGUGGCUGGGAUGCCAGGGUCAACUACCCUCUUGAACUUCAGCCAUGGUUCUAGGGAAGAAUUAAUCUUGGAAGGACCUUCAAAAGCUGGAAUCAGCACAUCUUUACUGACUGUCAUUGAACGGCUUCGAGAAAGGUCGGAUCAAAACGCCUCCGAUGAAGACAUUCUAAAGGAGCUACAGGACAAUCCACAGAUUCUGAAUGGCAGUAUGGCUACGGCAGAGGUGCAUGUGGCAAGUGAUUCUUCCUCUACAGAAGCCGAUCUGGUGGAGUACAUUGCUGGGAGUGACCGGCCCUACCGCUGCCGUCUGUGCCUUUACAGCAGUGGCAACAAGGGCUAUAUCAAGCAGCACCUGCGUGUUCACAGGCAGAUGCAGCCUUACGAAUGCCCCAUCUGCGAGCACAUUGCCUCUGACAGCAUGGAUCUGGAGAACCAUAUGAUCCACCACCGCAAGAGCCACAUGUAUCAAUGCAAGCACUGCAAUGAGAUUUUCCACUAUAAGAGUCAGCUGAGGAACCACGAGCGAGAACAGCACGGGAUAAGUGAAACCGCAGUGGCCCUCACACCUGUUGGCGAAACCAAAGCGAGCAUGGACGAGUCCGAAAAGAUCACUGAUGAGGAUUGUGUCAGCGAGAAAGUGUAUAAAUGUGACAUGUGUGACUAUACCAGCUCUACCUACGUUGGAGUGCGAAACCAUCGCAGGAUUCACAGUUCCGACAAGCCCUACAGGUGCUGCAGCUGCGACUUCGCCACCACCAACAUGAACAGCCUGAAGAGCCACAUGAAAAGACACCCCCAGGAGCAUCAGGCUGUGCAGCUGCUCGAGCAGUACAGGUGCUCCCUCUGCGGUUACGUGUGCAGCCAUCCUCCGUCCCUCAAGUCCCACAUGUGGAAACAUGCUGGGGAUCAGAACUAUAACUACGAACAAGUGAACAAAGCCAUCAACGAGGCCAUCUCUCAAAGCAGCCGGUCUCCAGUUGUGCCUUCAAAAUCAGGCCCAGAUCACUCCAUAGACCGCCCAUACAUCGUCCUUAGCCAGAAGGAGAAGGCGUCGCCUCCUUCAGCCCCGAAAGCGCUGGAGGUGUCGGUGAGGAAAGGAGGCACCGGGCAUCUGCCCACAGGCAUGGAGUACUGCAUGCUGCUCUUCUGCUGCUGCAUCUGUGGCUUCGAGUCCACCAGUAAAGAACAGCUGAUGGAGCACAUGAAGGAGCAUGACAUCUUCAGCAUCGUAUUGAGCAAGGAGCAGCAGGGAGGCCAGGCUUCUGAGGCCAGCUCAACACAGUGAGGAAAAUCAGUGUACACAUACAGUAAAUUUCUUAAAAUUAGAGCCAGUAACUUUUCUUUUUUUUUUUUUGCACUUUUUUUUCUUUAGUGCUUUUGAUACACUGCUUUACAGAUACAGACACUCUGUACUCUUAUUGUAUCUCUUUUUUUCUUCCUCUCCUUUUCCUCUUAUUUUUCCCUCUGUGUCAUUAAGGUUCAGGCAUAAUUCAGGAUUCGAACGUUUCCUCUGAAACGUUACCAGACUGAUUUUUUAAAUUAACCAAGGAAAUACUUAAUAUCAUAGGUGAAUAUUUUUGACUGAAUGGCAUUUCAUACCUCAUGAAGUCACUUUUCUACAUGGUAUAAAUGUACAGUAGAUUAUGGUUAAUCAUCCACAUGGCAGCUUCUCUACUUCACUGUAAUAUUAUUUAUCAGUAUUGUUUAUUGUAUGAGGUAUUGUCUUCAUGGUAAGGGAAGAAAGGAAAAGGUAUAGGUUUAAUUACCUUCUCGUUUGUCAAUUUUUGUGUUAAUAUUUAUCACGCUAAUUUAUAUCUUUGCAUGUACCCUUCCGUUAUGCUCACAGAAAGAGGGCGGAUUGUUGCAAAUCUUUUGGGGGUUUUUUUUUCUUGUUUUUUUUUUGGUGCUAUCGACACUUUGUUCAGCACAUUUGGAGUGAACCAAGUAUCACUUCAGGAAUGUAUCUUAAACCUACAGAUAAGUCGGAAGUGUGUGUUUAUCGGCUAGUACUGUUUAAAUACAUAGUCACAAGACAUUCUAAUGGUCACUGGUCCAAAAAAAUAAUAAUCAGGUAAUAAAAACUCCAUCCAAGACGAAUACUGCAGCAAAAGCCAAGUAAAAUGUCAUACAUUAACUGCGGGGGAUUAUAGCACAAACAUUUAAAGACCUGUGCAUUGGAUAUGGUGAUGUAACGUAAGUAACAUUUAUUAAAAGAUAUUUCCGUUUUCUUUCAUAGGACACCAUUGUCUUACUAGUAACAUAGCGUAAUGCUAAGUUCUUCCUUUUAUAUUUAAACAAAUACAGAAACUUGACUAUUUCCUACUUUCUUUUUUUUUUUUAGUUUACAUUUAAAAGUUAUGAUGUGAUUUUUAUGAUUAAAAGGCCACAAAUGAUUAUUUUUAUGUAAAAUGUGUCCAUAGAACUUUUAAACAUUGAUGGCUACCUCUGGUCAAAAUGUUUCCAAAAACUUCAACUUUAAAAAAAAAAAAAAAAAAAAAAAAACUAAACAAAACAAAAAACAA